CUGAUUGGUUACCGUUACACCCCCGUAUAAAUACAACGGAAGCAAAACAAGAUUAACAUCGUCGAGUAAGAGUCAUCGCUGGUUCGCACGACGGAAAACAUUGAAAACGCCCCCCAGACAUCUGACACUGCAGUUGUGCUGUGUUGUCGGUAUUAGCGCCACUGUAUUUCCUGAAUAAUUGUUUUUGGGAAAUAACCAUGGAAGCUAAGUUAAAGAAAGAGUUGGGGACAACCAUGCUGAAGUCAGCUGGUCACUCAGGAGGUGGAUGUAUCAGCGAGGGCCAGAGUUAUGAUACUGACACUGGGAGAGUGUUUGUGAAGAUAAAUCACAAGAGCGAGGCCAAAUUGAUGUUUGAUGGGGAGAUGGCCAGUUUGGAAGCCAUUUUAAAGACAGAAACUGUAAAAGUCCCCAAGCCUGUGAAGGUGAUUGAGCUUGACACAGGAGGAUGUGUAUUUGUGAUGGAGCAUCUGGACAUGAGAGGUCUUAGCAAGUACUCAAAGCACUUAGGAGAGCAGCUGGCAGACCUGCAUCUUCACAACAAGAAACAGUUGGAAAAAUUAAAUAAAGAGCAGCAGACUUUGGGAAAAGGAGCUCAGCAGUCGGAGGUGGCUGCUGUUGGACAGUUUGGCUUUAGUGUAACUACAUGCUGUGGAUAUAUAGCACAGAAUAAUGAGUGGCAGGAUGACUGGGUGACAUUUUACUCACUGCAGAGGCUGGAGCACCAGCUUAACAUGGUGGAGAAAUCUUAUGGAGACAGGGAGGCCAGAGAACUAUGGGCCAAGCUACAGCUUAAGAUCCCUCAGUUUUUUACAGAUGUGGAGAUUGUCCCCGCUCUCCUCCAUGGAGAUUUAUGGGGAGGCAAUGUGGCAGAGUCUGCAGAAGGCCCAGUCAUCUUUGACCCUGCUUCAUUCUAUGGCCAUUCAGAGUUUGAGCUGGGUAUUGCAGGGAUGUUUGGUGGCUUCAACAGCUAUUUUUAUUCUGCCUACCAUGACAAGAUUCCUCAAACACCAGGCUUUGCAAAGAGAAACCAGCUUUACCAACUCUUCCACUAUCUGAAUCAUUGGAACCACUUUGGUGGUGGCUACAGAGGCUCUUCAAUAAGGAUUAUGAAGAACCUGCUGAAAUAAAUGCACUCACAGUCACUUGUAGAAAGCUUCACAAGUCUUAAAUGCAAGCCAAGUAUUAUAGAUAUAUUUUGACAGAUGCUAAUUUGACCAAAACUAGUGUGGCUAAUUGUUGAAGACAAUAAACAUAACAUUUUAACAUUGUAAUGUAUGUAAAAUACAAAAUCAACAUAACAAAAUUAUUUCUGCCCUUACUGCUCCACCUACACCACCUUGCUUUCAAAAUGGGGAAAACAUAAUCCAUAUAUUCCAGUUAAUGUCCUCAAAUUUAUGAUUUAACAAGAACUUAAACUUAACUAGUAUUCUUAAAAUUCAGUAUUUUUCUACUGUUACUUGUGUGUAGGUUACCUACAAUCAAACAUAAACCUCAACAUGCAAUACUAUAUGAAAGAAGGAAGGCCUUAGCACGCAAACUCAGUACUAGACCAACUUAAAACUCCUUGGUUUUUAUUUAAACAGUUUCUGCUAGUUGGAGAGUAAGCCACGUGUUUUGUGUAUUUUUUUUGCAUUCUUACUUGAAAGAACAUAUACCAAGAAGUUUUAAGAUGGUUUAAAACUGAGAUUUUUGUUAUGCUGCAAAAACUCUUAUUUUUUUAUUCUUUUGCAUUACCUGUGUUUGACCAGCACCGGACUGAAUUGUACUGAUGUGCAAAGAACAUUUGAUUUUCCCUGCGAAUGCAAUAUUAUAUCCUUAAUCUACAUUAUAAUAGCCUGACUGUUGAUGUCAUGCAGACCGACACACUACAUACACAUACAAAAUGUUGCUGUAUAGUAAUGAUUCAUUGCAAUAUCUGCUAUCUAUUGCUUAACCAACAAUAAAUCCUGGUAUGAGCCAAAGUCUCUGUCCUAAUCUGCUCUUUUUUGUAUCAGUCUGGCUUGAAACCUGUAGCAGGUCAAACAGUAAGUCCUCCAUCAUCGUAAAGAACUCACCAUCCCUCUUAUUGACUGACCCCUGCCUCCAGGAU